AUGUUUUUACUUGUUCUAUGUGUACUUACUUAUAUUUUACUUAAAAUUAAAUUAUUAAUUGAUUAUCAUUAUGCUCAUGUAUUUUAUCAAAGUCAACAAAGUAAAAUAUGUCAAAAUAAUAUUAGUUUAAAUCGAAACAAAACAAAACAAAUUUUGUUUUGGACAAAAAUAUUCUCUAGUCCAAUCGAUUCACAAUAUUUAAAUAAUUAUUUAUUUACAUCAACAGGUCGUUGUAGUAUACAUCAAUGUAAAGUGAGUAAUAAUCGAAAAGAAUUAUGUGAUAGUGAUGCUGUUGUAUUUCAUGCACGAGGUGGAAUUAAAAUGUAUGAUAUGCCAAAAGCACGUUUACCUUAUCAAAGAUAUGUUUUAUUAACAAAAGAACCACCCUAUAAAACAACGGCAAUUGUUGGUCAUUUGAAUUAUUUUUUUAAUUGGACAGCAACAUAUCGAACGGAUUCAGAUAUUGAUUAUCGAUAUUUUCGCUGGCGUCGAAAAGAUAAUGUUAACACCGAAAUAAAGCAACAAUCAUAUUUAAAAAAUCGUCAAGUACGUGCAGCAUCAAUGAUUAGUAAUUGUUAUUCACAAAAUAAUCGUGAAAAUUAUUUAAAACGUCUUAGUUCAAUCAUACCUGUGACACGUAUUGGAUUUUGUUCAUGGAAUAAAUGUCGUAAAAGACGGGAUGAAUGUUUAAAUGAACUAGCAAAUACACAUCCAUUCUUUCUUGCUUUUGAAAAUUCUCUAUGUCGUGAUUAUGCUACAGAAAAAUAUGCUAAUGUUAUAAUUAAUCGUCGUAUGAUACCAGUUGUAUUUUCUAAAACUUCAAAUCUUUAUAUACCAAAUUCAUUUAUUGAUGCAAAUCAAUUUUCAUCACCAGAAGAUUUAGGUCAAUUUCUUAUUAAUAUUGUAAAUAAUUCGACACUUUAUGAUAGCUAUUUUAAAUGGAUCAAUGAAUAUGAACUUGUUAUACCUGAUGAAAAUGAUUAUUUAUGUGAAUUAUGUAAAAAAUUACAUAAUCCAAUAGAACCUUAUAAAGUCUAUGAUAGUAUGAAAAAAUGGUUGUAUGAUGAUGCAAAAUGUCAACGAUGGAUAUCAAGGUUAAAUAAAACAAUCGAUAUACCUGUUGAUGAAACAAUGGAUUAUGAGGAUCCUUUGUUUUAA